AUGGCUCGACUUCAACCCUUCAAGCAAGCUCAAGAUUAUCUUCCACGAUUAAGAGCAGUAUUUUUUGCACGAUGGGAUGAAGACAAAGGUUGCGAGAUCUCAUAUCAAGUUCCAGAGGGAUCGGUUGUGAGAAGCGCUGAUACUUUAUUGGAGUUCUCAGAUGUGCUCGAUUUCGUCUUACCUAAAAAACAUCUCUGCGGACAUCUUGUCACCAUAGCGGCGGAACAAGCGAAAAUUUUGGGAUACCCGAUCUUAAUUGAGGACGAAGCGAAAUAUGAACGAAACUUUCUGAUGUUCAAUCUAUGCUUUGUGUUCGAUCGAGAUGCAGAGCUGUCUGGCUACGAGCCAGUGGCUCGUAGAACGGGUAGACUCUUGAGGUCAAUGGAACAAACACUGUCCUUAAUAUCAGCACCAGACUCACCCCUAAAAGUGAAAUCAAUGCUUGAGGGGCUUUUCGAAGAACUGAAUUCAUUCUCUGAGCUUUCAAUCUCAUUCGGUUCAUCUCGAACGUUGGACCUCAAACUUUUCCCAUUUUAUGGAAACCCACCAAGAGUUGAAGAUUGGGAUGUACCUAUUGCGUUAGCCCCCCUUAUGAGAUUAAGGGAUGAUGUGACUUGGGAUUUGACCAUGUACAAGCUCGUUCCUUUUAUCGAUGGUACAGCCACCGUACAAAAGAUUUCUAAGCAGGCUGAUGUAGAUCUAUAUCUCACACGAGAAUGUAUGCAACACCUCGUCUUUUUUGGAUGUUGCAUCAUGACCGAUGCUUUUCGAUUCUCGAAUUGCUACACCCUAGUCGGUGGACCAGCUCUGGAUGCACUUGGUGAUUCUGAGUACCCAGAGUCACAAGAAAUGCAGGAAGAGUUGGAGGCUUACAUAGAGCUGGCGCCAGAUAAGCUCGCUAUCCCUAUUUCUGAUCUGCUGACAUUAUACACCAAGUUUUGGUCUGGCGUGACUGUACACGACUGGAUGGAGCAAAAUCAAGUCCAUAAACUUCCAAUCGAUGUUCGACGGUUCAUCUCCUUUGGUACCAUCAAGGGCUUUCUCAAACGUCUACACUGUUAUCCA